AUGAAGUGCAUCACCCCGGUCGUCUUCUUAAUUGCUGUUGCCCACUGUGCCUACGUUCCCGCACCAGCCCCACUUUGUGUUCUACCUAUCAACAGCGGACUGCACCACGGCCCUAACGGUCCAACCCUGGUGCAAUCCAACGAUCACCACAGCUGGACCCAAGCCCAAGCGGCAGCCUCCAGCAAUGCUGCCUAUUGGGUCCACAACAAUCACCACGGAUGGAACCCUGUGCUGUCCCCACCACCUCCAUCGGCUACCUUCCAAGAUCACCAACAGUCUGGACAUCACAGCCGUCCUGCGGCCAUGUACGUAGCGGCCAAUCCCGGUGCCGUCCACAAGGCACCCCUGCCGGGACAUAGCGUCAACCAGCAGUCGCUGAACUUGGCGCCGGCACCGGGGACUGGAUAUUGAAUGAAGAGCUGAAUUUCUUUCAAUUUU